UAUAGUUUGUACGGAUGAUUACUUUGGUGUAAACUAUAUGAAUGCUUGUUCACAAAACUGUUCUCAUACGCGUUAUAAAAUUGACGGAUUUUGUGUAUGUUUACCAGGACGGACAGGCGCCCCAACCUGCAAUAAAGAAUGCCCAUUGGGAUUUUAUGGAGCAAACUGCGCCUCCACAUGUUCUAAGCAUUGUGAUUUUAACGACACUUGCGACAGACAGAACGGAAGUUGUCCAAGAGGAUGUCAGGACCAUUAUCACGGAGAGACGUGUAAACAAAAUCACACUGAAUAUGUAGCUGCAAAUCAAAAUCAAGAUGUGGAUUCUGAUUACCAAACGGUUGGAUUAUAUGCCUCAGUCGGACUGAAUUUCGUUUUGAUUGGAGUAACCUUUCUUUUAAUAAGAUCUUCUGUGCAGACAAGGCUUUCUAAAUCAUCAGAAAAAACCUGCGACAAAGAAGCAUAUCUUUCCACUUUAGGAAAUGUUAACGAGUAUCAAGAACUAGAUAUGAUUGAUUCAAGUCUUCCCUACCAGGAGGUAGAGUUUUCCCCCAGUAGCCAAUAUUUACCCGAUUAAUACGGCAUUACUACUUUUGCUU